CUUUAGUACAUAUUCUCUGUUAGGGUGGAUAAAAUCUCGUUGUUUAUGGACACUGUUCACGGUUUAAGACUGAUAGAGGGGGAUCCCCCAGGCACCACAAGGAUUCUCCGCGUCAAAGUGGUCGCGGGACUGAACUUGGCCAAAAAGGAUAUUUUCGGAGCAAGUGAUCCGUAUGUGAAAAUACACUUAUUUCGAGGUGACCGUGAAGAAGGCUUGAUUUGUUCUGUAAACACCAAAACCAUAAAAAAGACUCUGAAUCCAAAAUGGGAUGAACAGUUUCUAUUCAGGGUAAACCCAAGAGACAAUCGAGUUUUAUUUGAAGUAUUUGAUGAAAAUCGAGUUACGAGGGAUGAUUUCUUAGGUCAAGUUGAGAUGCCCUUGCAGACUUUACCAACUGAGAAUAGAGCAGGUGAACUCCCAUAUAAGGAUUACAUACUUCGACCCAGGAGUGCAAGGUCAAGGGUGAAAGGUCAUCUGCGAAUUGUGAUUGGGUACACACGUGAUGAGAGUACGCAAGAUGAUAACAUUUCUGAAACAUCAACGCAAAUUGAAGAGCCUGGUUGGGAGGUGCUAGAAAUAGAAAACGAAAAUGAGGUACAACAGAAUUCUACACAACCACCGCUACCUGCAGGAUGGGAAGAGAGAGUGGACAACAACGGCAGGGUAUUUUUUGUUAAUCAUAAUCUUAGAACGACACAGUGGGUAAGACCUACAGGUGCAACUCAGUCUGGAGGUGAAGAGCAAUCACGACAGCAAGCCAACAAUGAAUUUGACAAUUUCCGGUUGAGACGUUUGAUCAGUGAAGAUGAAAAUAGUCUUAGUUCUCAUUUAGAAGAAGCAGCUCAGAUAACAGAGCGUUCAGAUACCACUCAGGUAUCCAACACAACACCGUACAGUUCUCAAGCAUCCCCACCUAUAACUCAAUCGCUGGAUCAGUUACCAAACAGUUCUCUUGGUCCACUGCCGCCAGGUUGGGAGGCACAGAAGGCUCCAAAUGGUCGAUGGUUUUUUAUUGAUCAUAAUACAAGAGUCACCGUCUGGACGGAUCCUAGAGUUUCCAAUAGACAACAUCCAAGAGCAGCUAUACACAGACCAACGACCAACCCAGAAUUAGGGCCGUUACCUGCUGGCUGGGAAGAAAGAGUACAUGCUGAUGGGAGAAUAUUUUACAUUGAUCACAACAGAAGAACAACCCAGUGGGAAGAUCCUCGGUUACAGAAUCCAAAGAUAGCUGGUCCUGCGGUGCCAUAUUCAAGGGAUUACAAAAGAAAAUAUGAAUAUUUCCGAUCAAGACUUCGUGCCCCAACUGGCGUGCCAAAUAGAUUUGAAUUAAAGGUUUCCAGGAAUAACUUAUUGGAGGAUUCAUAUAGAGGAAUCAUGGCUGUGAAAAAUGCAGAUAUAUUAAAAGCUAGGUUAUGGAUUGAAUUUAGUGGAGAAACAGGACUUGACUACGGUGGUGUUGCUCGGGAGUUUUUUUAUUUACUUUCACAUGAGAUGUUUAAUCCUUACUAUGGUCUGUUUGAGUAUUCUGCAACGGACAACUAUACUUUACAAAUAAACCCCAAUUCCGGCCUCUGUAACGAAGACCAUUUAUCUUAUUUCAAGUUUGUUGGUAGAGUAGCUGCAAUGGCGGUCUAUCAUGGUAAAUUAUUAGAUGGCUUUUUUAUUCGUCCUUUUUACAAAAUGAUGAUUUCCAAGAACAUAACUCUUAACGAUAUGGAGUCAGUGGAUUCUGAGUAUUAUAAUUCCUUGAAUUGGAUUAUGGAAAAUGAUCCAGAGGAUUUGGAUUUGACAUUCUGUGUAGAUGAAGAACUUUAUGGUCAGACAUUAACAAAGGAGCUGAUAUCCAAUGGUAACAAUAUAAAAGUCACAAAUGAUAACAAGAGCAAAUAUGUAGAUUUGGUGAUUAAAUGGAGGUUUGCAUAUCGAGUACAAAACCAGAUGGCAGCAUUUACAAGUGGAUUUCAGGAACUUAUUCCACUAGAUCUUCUGAAAAUAUUUGAUGAGAACGAGAUUGAAUUGUUAUUGUCAGGUCUUGGUGAUAUCGACGUCAAUGACUGGAGGAAGAACACCGUUUAUCGCGGAGAAUACCAUGCUAACCAUCUUGUAAUACAAUUCUUUUGGAGGGCAAUAUUGUCAUUUGACAAUGAGAAAAGAGCUCGUGUAUUGCAGUUUGUGACGGGAACGUCCAGAGUUCCCAUGAAUGGAUUUGCCGAGUUGUAUGGUAGUAACGGGCAACAGAAGUUCUGUAUUGAGAAAUGGGGCACCACAUCGUCAUUACCAAGGGCACAUACAUGCUUCAACAGAUUGGAUCUACCACUUUAUUCAACGUACCAAGAAUUACACGAUAAACUUUUGAUUGCAAUAGAAAAUACCGAAGGAUUUGAAGGAGUUGAUUAGUUAGUUACUAUGGUAUCCUGGUGCAAAUACAUUUAUCACAUUUUUAUACGUGUCCAGAUUACUUGAACUUUUCCUAAAAACGAAAAAAAGGUUCAGCUUUUUGCAUACUGCAGAUUGUGUCUUGCCUUUAUUUCAAAUUCAAGGGUAAACUGAUGCACUUAUAGGAGUUUCCUCUGGUUUUUUUCAAAUUCGGGUUGGCUCACAGGAUUUUGUGGAGGUUUCGAAUAUUCAUUUUUAUUCAGUGGUUAAACAAUCUCCCAACAUUUGAAUGUAGGGAAAGUGCUCUAUAUUUACAAUAUACAAAGCUGUGUGAGUGAGACUAAUGUCAAAAAUUAAUUGACAUGGGCAAUGUAAGAACUUCUUAAAAAAAAUAUGUCAAUAUUACCCACAAAGAUUUGAAGGGGCAGGUGCUGAUGAUCAUGUAUAGUUUCUCUGUGACAUCAUUUCUAAAACUUUAUUGGGGUCUUGGGACUACUGUAGAAUACUUUAUUUUAGCUGGAAUUAAUUUUCGCUGAAGGAAUGAUUCAGUGAAAAAAAAAUCCAGCGAAAAUACCUUUUUUCCUAUAUUUUACAUUCAACUCUGCAAAAACCGGUGAAAAUAAAUUCCAUACAAAACACCCAAAAAGUCUUUUCAUCGAAAAAUUGAUUCCAGCUAAAAUAAAGUAUAUCACAGUAUUUGAUACGAGAUUGCUGAUUUACUCAUUCUGAAUUACUGUGGAUGUAUUUUGAAUUUUAGUCCCAAUAAAUAAAUUGCUCCAUCUGUUAAUGGCCAACUCCAGAAUAAUUAUCCAGGUAACAAAAUCAGAGCUGUAUGUGGAAGGCCUUUACAACUCAACACUGUAAACUAAGCAUUUUUUCAAGACUUUUUGGAGUUUAGUUUUUUUAGGCUUAACUGUAUUUGUUGAUUAUCUACUUUUAAUAAUUUUCUACAAAAAAAAAAUUGUGCUUCUAAAUACACAUUGUUUUAUGUCGUAAUGAAUAGAUGUAAAUCCCACACCACUACCACUAAAUUAAAUCUACGUGAACAAGUAAAAUAACAAUGUAAUUCAUUGUUUCUUCAAUAAAUUUGUGAAAUUAAUACAGUGAAUAUGCUCAAAAUAGUGAAAUUAAAUUAGUUUUAACAGUAUGCAGAAAUCAUGGUUUUCUUCCAUUAUUAAAUGGGAAGUCCAGGCUGAUAGGUGCUCCAGAUGAAAGAGCUCAACACUGAAUGCAGGGAAAUGCAAUUUACAGGUUUUUUUUAUAUCAUCCUCUAGAUAUUCAUUCAACUGCUUAUCGGUAUAUGUAGGCAGCCAUCUUGAUUCUCCAGCAAAGGAUUAUGGGUAAAGCAAGACAUAACAGCCACUGUUGUGAAAAAAUUAGAAAAUGAUUUCAUGUAUUACCUUAAAUUGCAUUAAUGUUUAGAACAUGGUAGCAUACUGGUGUCAACCAUACAUGGAAAAUGACAAUAGAACUGAAAAUAUUCAUUUUUCUACCAAAUGCUCAUUUUUUGUACUAGCAGUAUUUUCCUCUAUAUUUAUGGAACUCUUUUCUCUGGGAGUAUCAUGCUUUCAGCCUAGAAUUCACUUUUAAAAUGCUGUUUUCUAGAUAUUUUUUGAUUUAAUAUUGAACUGUGAUGACUUGAUGUUAAUGCAAAUUUAGUACGAUUAGAAUAAAUGUGUAUUCUAAUUUACACAGCAUGAUCAUUUUUAGAGCUUCAUUUGCGGCAGUUGUGUGGAAUAUUCACUUGAAUGUACAAAUAGCAAACAUUAUCCGAAGAUGUUCCAGAUUCAUUAUGAUUUCAAAUUACUUUGUGUCACAGUAAUUCGUAAGAGAGCCAAAAUUUGCAAAUCCACAUACAUUGAAACACCAAUCGAAUACAGGAUUUGAAUUAAUCAAAUGGCAGGCCUAAUGAUUACCAACAAUGAGAUAUGCAGAAAAUUUCACAUUUCCAUCAAAUAUUUCACAUAGUGGUUCCAAAAUUUCAACAAGAAUGAUUAGAGUACAACUUUAAUUGAACUUAAAAACGUCUGUAAAAUAUGCACACAAUGAAAGAUUACAAAAUGCGCCCCUUUCAAUCAUCUUGGAGGGGGGAGGGAGAGAAAUACUCUGAAUAGUGUACUGUUAUUAGAUAUCAUGAGCCACUUGGGACGAGUUUUGGGCUGGGUAAUAAUAUGUAAACUAUAAUCAAUCAUUUACUGGAUUGAUCAUUUUUUUUUUAUAAAAAAAAAAUAAACUUGCCCAGCAAGUAUCAAAUGUCACAACUGCAUUAUUGUAUAUUUCUGUUUUUUUUACUAAUCUUUUCCAUUAGUUAUUUACCGGUAGCUAUGAUUUUAGAAUGAAUUGCCUACUUAUGGUUGUAUCUAUAUUUACUAUUUUCAUUGUGAACAAUACUUGCAUUAUUUUCAAUUUUACUAAUGUGUAAAUAAAAACUCAAGUAAAAAAA